GGUGGUGGCGGGUGGCGUUAAUUGCCGGCCUGCUCGGCCUGAUCGAGCCGUCGUCGUCCCGCGGCGAUCUCCCCGACCUCUGGACCUACGCCUCCGAGCCGUACCCGUCUUGGGUCGAAGAUGAAAGUACGAAACACGCACUCUUCCUUCUUUUUCAAAAUCUUGCUGCUGCUCUGAAAGAUCAGCUCCACCAGACGUGGCGGCGCUGUUGGCCAUCAAGGCGGAGCUCAAAGACCCCGACAACGUCCUCCAUAACUGGUUCAUCCACGCCGACAACCCAUGCCCCUGCCACUGGAAGGGCGUCGUGUGCACCGAGGACGCCCACGUCUCCCAUCUGGAGCUAUGGAACAAACGCUUGUCUGGGACAUUGUCGCCCAGGAUCGGGACCUCACCAGCCUGCAGACCUUGGUAUUGCAGGCCAAUACCAUUUCCGGGCCUAUUCCUGACAGCAUAGGGAGGCUUAGGAUGCUAGAAAUCCUUGACAUGUCAAGCAACAAACUCAAUGGGACUAUCCCAAGUUCGCUCGGAAAUCUCAAAAACCUCAACAAUCUAGCAUUGCAGAACAACGUCAUUUCCGGCCAUAUUCCUCAUAGCGUAGGAAGGCUUGUGAUGCUAGAUACCCUUGACAUGUCAAACAACAGGCUCACUGGGACCAUCCUAAGUUCAUUUGGACAUCUCAAGAACCUCAACUAUCUAGGAUUGCAGAACAACGCCAUUUGCAACAAGACUACAAGCUUCAUCAUAUCGAUGCUGUUUCUGUCCUGGAUCACUUGAUGGAUGCGUUUCUGGUUCUUAAUAUAUGUUUUGUGAGGAUCUCAACGAAUUUUAAGUAGGACGUCGGAUCUUCAGCUUUGUCCAGCUGGGAAUCAGGAUCUGUUUACUGAAUCUGCUUGUGCCUGUAAACACAAUGGAAAUAUGAGAGGU